UAGUUGUUUAGCUAAAAUGAUCGAUUCUUACGAAUCAGUAAUGCAAAAGAUUUUUGCAAUUUACGUUGCCAUAGCGCUUAUCCCCGCCGCGUGUGGAUCAGCGGCGGCGAACGACGUCGCCGCGGCCUGCGACGCCACUCUCUAUCCGGAGGCCUGUGCGAAGGCCCUCGCCUCACUGACGGCUAACGCCGGCCCAAAAAAGCCCGCUGAGAUGUUCUACGUGUCCGUCGAAUUCGCCAAAAGCCGGGUUGUCCUGGCACGCGACGUAGCCCUCAAUCUGACCUCGGCGUCCGCUCUCCGAGCGUCGACCGCGUCUCUUUCUCCGUCGCAGGGCGUCGACGACUGCCUCGAGCUGCUCGACGUCACGCUGGAGCAGCUUAAUGCCGUGCUGCACGCCAAAAAAGGCGUGACCUUCCACGACAAGCACACCUGGCUCAGCGCCGCGCUCACCAACCAGGUCACCUGCGCCGAGAGCCUGGCAGCCGUGCCCGCCUCCGGAGCCGAAGGCGACCUGCUCGCCGGCCGCGUGGAGGUCGUCGGGCAGCACGUCAGCGUCUCGUUGGCUCUGCACAAAAACGUCAAAGAUGAGACAACCGCCCCCUCCGUCUCGGUCGGUGGAAACAGGAAGUUGCUCGAGGCUGACGGUGGGCAGCAGUUCCCCUCGUGGUUGACGGCGUCGGACAGAAAGCUGCUGGAGGCGUCUCCCGAGGAAGUGCAGGCGGACGCGGUGGUGGCGGCCGACGGGAGCGGGACGCACACGACGAUCCAGGAGGCGAUUGAGUUUGUGACGCUGAAGGCGUCGGAUGACGGCGUCAGUAGCGAGAAAGGGGGCACGAAGGUGAUCUAUGUGAAAGCAGGGACGUACAAGGAGUACGUCAACGUGGCGAGGAAGCAGAAGAACGUUAUGUUAAUGGGUGACGGGAAGGACAAGUCCGUCAUUGUGGGUAGCAGAAGCGUCGGCGGCGGGUGGACCACGUACAGCACAGCAACUGUAGCUGCAAUGGGAUUCGGAUUCAUUGCGAAAGGCCUGACCAUCAUCAACAACUCCGGGCCAAGCAAGCACCAGGCCGUGGCCCUCCGCGUGGGGGCCGACAAGUCCGUGGUGUACCAGUGCUCCAUCCAGGGCUACCAGGACACUCUCUAUACCCACUCCAAUCGUCAGUUCUACACCGAAACCGACAUCUACGGCACCGUCGAUUUCAUCUUUGGCAACUCCGCCGUCGUCCUCCAGAACUGCUACAUCCAGCCGCGCAAGCCGGGGGGCAGCCAAAAAAACUCGAUCACGGCCCAGGGGCGGUCUGACCCGAACCAGAAUACUGGCAUCUCGUUCCACAAGAGUCGGAUCCAGGGCUCCUCCGACCUCGGGGGCACUGCGACAUACCUCGGCAGGCCAUGGCAGAAGUACUCACGGACCGUCGUCUUGAAGACCUACAUCGACGACUCGGUCUCCUCGGCCGGGUGGGAGCAGUGGUCCGGUAGCUUUGCUUUGUCCACGCUCUUUUACGGGGAGUAUGGAAACACUGGUCCCGGCUCUGAUACUUCGGGUCGGGUCAAGUGGGCUGGCGUACAUCCGGCACUCUCCGAAGAAGAGGCGUCCCAGUUCAGCGUUGCGGAAUUCAUCGCGGGCAACUAUUGGUUGCCCGACACUGGCGUCAGCUUUAUCUCCGGACUCUGAGGACCUGCCUAUCUAGUUAACACAAGUGAGCCCUCAUUGAUGGGCUUUGAAAGGAAAAAAAAAAAAAAAAAACGGGGGUUGGUAAGUGUGGAUAUAUUACCUCUCAUAUUCAAAUUCACUUAUAAUUAUAUUUAUUAUUAUGAUUAUUACUAUAUAUAUGUAUGAAUUAAGUCAACCUUGAUGGCUUUGACUUGUAAGGGAACAUUCUGUGAGCGCGUGACGCUUCUCAACUGUGGCAACGAAGUUACUUUGUUAUAAAUGAAAGCUUU